AUGGCGAAGGUUAUCGAUUACAUUUUCAGGAUGGUGUCCAUGUUGUUGAAGACGGAUCCAUCGCUAUAUGAGGGUGCAUUUCCAGCGUUCGAUAAACCAUCGGUGAUCGGAGAGAUGUGUAUUACUAAGCAGCGUGAUAUACUGCCGGGUAGAUGUCGGGCAAAAUAUCUUCACGAGAAAGCUGUCGGGCAGCGAUGUAAUUUUGACUUAAAUAUUGGUUAUCACCAGUUUGAAGGUAAAGAUGUUCUGCAUAAUGAAAAAUUGGACAUGUUGCUGAAAUGGAUACUUAUGCACAGCGAACCUGGAUCCUCUCUGGAUAAGGUUUGCCACAGGGCUGAUUUUAUUUGUUGGCGUGGUAUUUUGACGCGGAUUGCAUGUUCACCCUACGAAUGUCGAGAUGGUUGGCGAUUAGCUGCUGUUCGAUAUAAAUCUGUAAUUUUCAUUUGUGAGUUCCCGACCAACGAAAAAAUCCUACAGUUGAAGUCAAUGUCUGAUCGCGACAAACUGAUGACAUAUUGGGGAUUUAAGUUUGAACAGUACAUGACAAGUGACUCUUUAUCGAGUGAACCGAACAAUAAUGAACCGGUGACGAAUUUAGAGGAAUUUGAUGUGGUUGUUAAAGCAUGCUUAGGUGGACGAAGGGAAAGACUCCGUAUCCUGUAUUCUGGCGAGACCGACUGCAUUGAUGCUGAAGGUGAAUACGUGGAACUGAAGACGCAACGUAAAGAACUAACAAAUAAUUUUUGGAGUCAUAAGGCGAUGAAAUGGUGGGUCCAGUCCUUCCUGAUUGGUAUACAAAACAUAGUUGUCGGUCUUAGAGAUAAUAACGGCAUUGUGACUCACACGGAAUGUCUCAGAGUGCCACAACUGGCAAAAAAAGCUCAUCAGUGGUCCGCAAACGUUACUUUCAACUUCCUUCACGCAGUGUUGAGUCGUUUGAAGGAAUUAUUGGAAAACCAUCAUGAAAAAAUGCGGCAAGAAGUAAUUCCACAAAUUCAUGUAGAUGAAAAUCAAUGUCGGAGCUGCCACAGCAUGCUUUACGCGCUUUUAAUUAACUUGAAUGACAUACAGCAGUCGACCUAA